UGGACAGCAGGUGUUUUUACCAUGCAGCACCCCUCCGACAUGGACCCGAAGUUGUAUCUCGGCUGGUACCUCAUUGCGGCCAGUGUUGUAGUUACCUUGCUGGAACUGACGUGGAUCAUUAACAAAGCCGCAUGUUGCAAGCGAGAGGGUUGCUGCUGUCAUUGCUGGUCUGUCAUUAUGUGGAUUGACAACUGGAAGAAGGGCGUGGUCUAUCUAAUUCUGGCUGUUCCGGUGUUCAUGGAAGGCAUGCGGAAUAUCCUCGGGAUUGUUAGUGGGUUCCUGUUGGUGAUAUGUGGUCUAUUGUACAUCGUGAAGACAUUUAAGGAUGGAAUAGUGUACACUGUGACAGAAACUCGUUACGUAAAAACUUACACACCAAACGUUAACAUGUUAGUGCAUGAAAUGGCUACACAGACUGAGGACGACAAAUAUUAUGAGGAAAUAACGCCAAGCAGGAAGCGGUGACGUCAACAAACUCAUAUCAUAUUACUUCAUGACGUCAUAUUAACCAUUUUUUGUCUUGGUUUGAGGGAAACAUGUUUCUUUAUUUUCCCGAAAAGAAUCGUGUUUCUCUAUUACAAGAGAUAUAGACAUUUAAUCAUAUCAAAUAACAUGAUUAUGACAAUAACACAGCAAUAUAUAUGAUCAGGCUAACGUGCCAUUCUUGUCGUCUGCGUCAGUUACUUAGAAAUCAGCUGUGGUGCCUUAAGUUUUCUCAUUUUCCUAGAAAGGCACUAUAUAUGGAAAAUAUGAAUAAGAAACUCGAGCGCGGGAGGACAAGCUACUUUAUAUUUUUGUCUGUGUAAACUAACGGCGUAUACCUUUGACGACAAUUGGAAGGGUACCACAUCAUCUUGGUGGACGAUUUUACCAUGCGUACAGUAUAGCAUGUUUUCCUUACCACGCAUGAAUAUGGAAAACAGACUGAUAUGGCCAUGCACACCUAUGGCGUCGCUUAGGUCUGAGCAGUGACGUCAUCCUAGUUCUCUAGGUAUAACUACACAGUCCAAUGACCAACAGUAAAAUAUGCUUAUGCCAGUAAGAUUCGAAGAGGUCCCAUUGGGCUCACCCGGUUGCCUUCACAAAGACACACUUAACAUGAUGGAGCGAAGGGAUGAAUGUUAAUCGUCAAAACUUUCGAACAACCAAAUGUGUCCCGCAUAUAUGACAUUAACUAUCGGCCAGAAACCGCUCGAGAGUUAAAGAGGGCAGUUUGAUGAACGUUGAACGCAAGAGGCUAGUUUUGAUUUUGAGUAAAUUAUAAGCAAAGCAUAAGUUUGAUAAGGUCUUUCCUUUGUUUUUGUUUGUUGCUUUCCUGUGUGUAUUUCUUAAGAAAAUAUUUCAUUAUCUAUCUGUGUU